AAGGCGCAAUUAGAGGUAGUCAACUAGUCAUCUACUCCUCUUCAAGAAGUUGACCCCACCGAUCGUCUUCCUAAUACCUUCCGCGCUCUUGUUGCCAUCGCCUACGGAAGAUUUCUCUUCAUCCUGUUCGGCUCAUUCACCAGCCAUGGAUCUGCAACUAUGGGAGAGCAUGAAAGAGGCAAUCAAAUCAUUCACAUCUCUAUCUCCAGCAGCUCUAUUCACUAUUGCUGCUCUAUUCAUUGCCAUCUAUUAUGUAGCUUCUGCACUUUUCGGGCCCUCCGAUCAUAGCGACUACCAGAGGGUCAGGGAUUCGGAGGAGGAGAGUAAGCCUCUUCCGCCGCCGGUUCAGGUCGGGGAUAUCAGCGAGGAGGAGUUGAAGCAGUAUGAUGGGUCUGAUCCUAACAAGCCUUUGCUUAUGGCCAUCAAGGCUCAGAUCUAUGAUGUAACUCAAAGCAGAAUGUUUUAUGGACCAGGAGGACCAUAUGCUUUGUUUGCUGGAAAGGAUGCGAGUAGAGCACUUGCUAAGAUGUCUUUUGAGGAGAAAGAUCUUACAGGCGACAUCUCUGGGCUUGGCCCAUUUGAGCUCGAGGCUCUACAAGAUUGGGAGUACAAGUUUAUGAGCAAAUAUGUCAAGGUUGGAACUGUGAAGCAGCAAGUGGCUGGAAGUGAAGAAGCAAUAGCUGCUGCUACGAAUGGUGAAGCUUCUUCAGAAGUAACUACUGAACAUGAUGAGGCCGUUAAGCCCGGAGAAGAUGUCUCAUCAGAGAGUGCUAGUAAGGACGGCCCGUCCGAAACCGUUACCCAUGUGGAGAGUACCACACCAGAAAGUAUUAUUGCAAAUGAUGGAAAUGCUGAGAAAAAGGAGUAGAAGGCUGUCUUAUUGUUAGCAAGGAAAACUGUCGAGGGGGAGAGCUAAUAGCUAAUAACAUUACUUCAAUGUCUGUUUUGUCUGUCAUCGUUUUUUCUUGAUACUUGAACUAUACUGUAGAAAGCUUCUACUAUAGGUAAAAUCUCUUCUCAUAUCUCAAUGCCUUUUUGGCCAGUUUGUUUGCGGCAAUAAAAUAAUGAAUCCACCAUUUUCACCACCACUGGAACUUUCCAGGAACUUUGGAUAGCUUUUGGAGUCUUUGGACACGACCCUGAUUCCUUUGAAAAGAUGUAUGAUUUCUCAGGCUCAUCAAUCCUCAUUUCGCUGAAGAAGAGGAAGAAUCAAGGCCAGUUUUUGUGAAAUCCCAAUUUCAGCAAUUCCCCAGCUGCAGAGGCUGCAAAUCUGAUCAAAGUUACCGCGUUUCCUACAAGCUUGUUCCUGGCGGUCCCAAUCCUCUUCACAACUGAGUGAUGAAUUUAUAUUUAUAUAUAUAGACACACAUGUAUGUAUUUAUGUAUGUAUAUAUUCUCAGAUAAAGAAGGAAACUUGAUCUGCCCCCAUAGCUUUACCUUGUUUAUUCACAUCUGGAAUUUGCUGGGUUUAUAUUGUAUUUCUCAAGAAUUUUUAAUAGCAAUCCUUCUUUAAGUUCUGUCUCACAGGUAAUGUUGAUUAAUUUGAAGUUGUUCUCGUCUAUAUGUAUUUCAAACUCCGUAUUAACAUAUGGAGUCUUUCAAAUUAUAUUAAGCUUGAUGAACCGGCGGAACAGGAAUCACAAGGAUGGGGCAGAGAAGAGGCUCCAAGCCUCCAAUAAUGUAAAAAGUCAC